AUGUGUCAUCCAGCGCCACCGACUCCGCAAGGCGCUACCAUGGUUGUUGUUGAGAGCGGCAACUUCAAUUUCAGCACCGAGGACAGCUCCGGGACGAACCCCAGCGCGAAUGACAGUGUCUGUGACUCUCUUAUGAACAGGGAGAAGUCCGAGCUCAGCAGGACAGGGCACACAGUGGUUGCAGUAUUCCUCGGUGUCAUUUUACUAUUAGGAUUCCUCGGCAAUUUCUUCGUCCUUCUCCUCUUCGCGCGGUUUCAGGUGCUGAGGACACCCAUCAACCUCAUCCUGCUCAACAUAAGCGUGAGCGACAUGCUGGUGUGUAUCUUUGGAACUCCCUUCAGUUUUGCCGCGAGCCUCUACGGCAGAUGGCUCAUCGGAGACCAAGGGUGCAAAUGGUACGGUUUCGCCAACUCGCUUUUCGGUGAGUUGACUUGAUAACCUAUACGCUUCCUAUCCUUUUCAUAAUGGUAAAGUUUUAGAGAGACUGAAAACCGAGGAAGAAACUUGCAUGUCAUCUCAUGUUUCAACAGGUCCCCUCGCGCCAUGCUCUCCAUCCUGUGUGAGAGAUACAUACCACAUGUAUCCUAGUCUUGAAUUAACAGUAAAUAAGCAAAUAACACUUUUGAUCUCUGAUUUCUCGCUACACAGUCAGUUUUGACUGGUAAAGAGACACAUUUUGAGUCAAACUUUCAAGUCAAACCAGUGUUUCUUGAUGACUGUUAGUAUUUUAUUCUUAUGUAAGCUUUCACUGUAUCUUGUCCCCUGCUCAACAAUAUACAAACUGACACCUUGGUUAAGAUGUCUGCUGACCAAUAGAAUAUAUCUUAUCUAUGAGCUGGAUUUUUUUCCACAGCAGAAAUUAUACAAAUUGCCCUCUUGUACAUGGUAUGCUCUGCAUGCCUUUCAUAUAUCAAGAGAGGUAGCCUGCUUGUCUAGGACUUAGAUUGCGGAAAAAAGGCUGACAUCUGGAGACAGAGUGUAAUCUAUAUUAUAGGUUCUAACUGCAAGGGUAUGCGUUAUGGAUUACAAUGUGGAAACUUUUGCUUCCUCUGUCUUCCCUCACCCAGUAUCUGUGCAUUAGGGAUGUCUACGAUGAGUAUGACGUGUUUCCUCUCUAACGGCCAGGAAGCUCUGACUCAAACUUCCAUUAGACAGCUCUGCAAGCGUUAUAAUGUCAAAAUAUGUUAGUUCCUUAGCGAAACUCCAUAUUUGGUGAGUAACUAUCUUCAUUUACUCCCGUUAUGGCCUGUAUGUUGUUCCAGAAAAGGUCUAAAUAAAAAUGUACAAGCAACCGAAAAAAUGCCUCUUCGGCACCUCCGAUGUCAUUACUGUCACGCACAGGUCGGAAGUCUACACCAGCUCAAUACGUUGGAGGUGCUGAAGAGGCAUUUCUUUAGUUUGCUUGAAAAAAUAAUAUUUAGACCUUUUUUGGAAGUACAUACCGGCCGUAACGGGAGUAAAUGAAGAUAUUUGGUGAGUAACAAACUUAUUUUGACUUUAUUACACUUGCGGAGCUUUCUGAACGUUAGAGAGGAGACACUUCAUACUCAUCUUAGACAUCUCUAACGCACAGACACUGGGGCACCUCCACCCAUUUCUCUGUGCAGGCAUUGUUUCUCGAGUAUCCCUGGCCGUCCUGUCCUACGAGCGCUACUCCACGAUGGUGCCUUACAUGAAGGCUGACCCGGCUGACUACAAGAAGGCCUGGCUGGCCAUCGCAGGCUCCUGGCUCUACUCCUUGGUUUGGACGGUGCCACCUUUCUUUGGCUGGAGCAGCUACGGUCCCGAGGGCCCAGGCACCAUAUGCUCAGUGCAGUGGCACCAGCGCUCUUUUGGGAAGAUCUCCUAUGUCACCUGCCUCUUCAUCUUCUGCAUCCUACUUCCCCUGCUGCUCAUGAUCAUCUGCUAUGGAAAGAUCCUCUUUGUCAUCCGUGGG